CGGAGGCGGCCGAGGCCGGGGGCGUGUCCUGGGCGGGGCGGCCCCGGCGGCCCCGCCCCGCCCGGUUGAGGAGCAGUGGCCGCGCAGGGAGGGCCAGGUCCCGGGAUGCCACACACAACCCAGCUGUACCAGCAUGUGCCGGAGACGCGCUGGCCCAUUGUGUACUCACCGCGCUACAACAUAACCUUCAUGGGCCUGGAAAAGCUGCACCCCUUUGAUGCAGGAAAAUGGGGCAAAGUGAUCAGCUUCCUCAAAGAGGAGAAGCUUCUCACAGACAGCAUGCUGGUGGAGGCACGGGAGGCCUCGGAUGAAGACUUGCUAGUGGUGCACACGAGGCGCUACCUCAACGAGCUGAAGUGGUCCUUUGCUGUGGCAACCAUCACGGAAAUCCCCCCUGUCAUCUUCCUGCCCAACUUCCUGGUGCAAAGGAAGGUGCUGAAGCCCCUCAGGACCCAGACAGGAGGAACCAUAAUGGCAGGGAAGCUGGCAGUGGAGCGAGGCUGGGCCAUCAAUGUAGGUGGCGGCUUCCACCAUUGCUCCAGCGACCGGGGUGGGGGCUUCUGCGCCUACGCGGACAUCACGCUUGCCAUCAAGUUUCUGUUUGAGCGAGUGGAAGGUAUCUCCAGAGCCACCAUCAUCGAUCUCGAUGCCCACCAGGGCAAUGGACACGAGCGGGACUUCAUGGGUGACAAGCGCGUGUACAUCAUGGAUGUCUACAACCGCCACAUCUACCCUGGGGACCGCUUUGCCAAGCAGGCCAUCAGGCGCAAGGUGGAGCUGGAGUGGGCCACAGAAGAUGAUGAGUACCUGACGAAGGUGGAGAGGAACCUGGAGAAGGCGCUUCAGGAGCAUCGGCCCGACGUGGUGGUGUACAACGCAGGCACCGAUGUCUUGGAGGGAGACCGCCUCGGGGGGCUAUCCAUCAGCCCGCAGGGCAUCGUGAAGCGGGAUGAGCUGGUGUUCCGGAUGGUCCGAAGCCUCCAGGUGCCCAUCCUCAUGGUGACCUCGGGUGGGUACCAGAAGCGCACGGCCCGCAUCAUUGCUGACUCCAUCCUUAACUUAUAUGGCCUGGGCCUCAUCGGGCCCGAGUCGGCCAGCGUCUCAGCACAGAACUCAGACUCGCCUCUGCUGCCCCCCGAGGUGCCCUGACCACACUGCCCUCUGAGCGGCUCCCUGCCUGCCGCCCACCUGCCCACUGCCCCCAUCAGUGCUUCUUCUUUCCAACCGAGGGGUGGGGGCCUCACACAGCUCCUCUCUCCCCACUGGGUGUCAGGGGUCUCCAGGCCCCUCUGGGAGGGGGCAGACGGCAGGGCCCGAGUCCCAGCAGGACCCCCACGGUCACGGCCAGGGCCAGAUCAGGCCCCGUGGAGGUACAGUUCUCUCAGGAGAACAGAGGGCAGGAGAGGCUCCCGGGCACAGGGAGGCCCCCAGGGUGGGGGGUUCUGGUUUCUAAAACCAGACCAAAGAGGCUUCGGUCUCUAGCAUGACAGGGGCUUCCUCCCCUCUCCUCACCCCAGGUGUGGGGGGCCCAGGGCGGGGCUGGGGCCAGGCCUCCAGGGGUCCUGGGUUGCCAGCCAGCAGGCAGGAGCCCUGGUCUUGGCUGCGAGGGGGUAGGAAAGGGGUGCUAGUGGGUUUUCCCAUCUGACCGUCUCUUUCAGUAAAGCACAGGCUGGACCUGCUUCCCCAGAGCCUGUCCUGGUGAUGAGGGGAUGGGAGGCCUGAGGAGCCCAAGGCCCUCGCUGCCUUGCUGGGCCCAACCAGGGAGAGCGGGUUUUGGGGGAAGAAUGCUUGGCUCAGGGAUGGGCCUCAGCUCUGAGGCUUGAGGGGGCGGAUGGGAGAUGGGGAAGGGGCAGGUGGCAGCACCUGAGGCCCAGGUGGGGACGGAGGCACUGUGAGGCCUGCUGGCAUUGCUGGAGGGAGCAGAGGGUCUCCAUCUUGGCCUGAGUCUGUGAGGAAGGGCCUGGGGCGGGGCCCUGGGUGGGGCUGCAGCCUUGACCCGCCUCACCCAAAAUGCCGGGCCCUGGUUGUGCCUCCAGGACCCCAGGUGGGCCCUUACCUAUUCUCAGUUUUACUCUGAAGCAGAUGCUCAGCGCCCCCUCCCCUGGAAGCUGGGUUAGGGGGAGUGUCCACCGCUCCAUUGUCUGGGGUGUUCUUAGUGCUCAGAGACGGUGGGGAGGGAAGGCUGCCUCUGUACAACCCCCCCAUGGGACUCACGCUCUUGCCCCUGGGGGUCUCCUGAAUUCUUCUGCUUUCUCCCCACACCCCCUCGCUGCCCCCUCUGACUGGGGGGGGGGUUGGGAAGGGUUCCAAGAUCACCUGUGAAAAGCGCUGACCACCUGGACUAGACCUGGGAUGCUAAUCCUGGUACAGAUACCUCCCCGCUGCCGCACCACCCGUCCUGUCCUCGGUCUCUGCAUCUGACUCCAGGCACCUCACACCCCUUCAUCUCCAACCCGGGCCUGAGACCUCAGGGGCAGGCGGUGGAUGGGCUUGUCCCCAUGGGGCCUCUUCCAGAGAACCAUAAAGGCUCAUCCUGACCUGGC